GACUGCAGACGGAGACAACAGCCAUGAAGACUCUGGUAUUGGCUACUGCCUUCGCGGUGUUAUGCCUGGCGGCGCACCUCGCUGCAGAACGGGAUCUGUUGCCGACACUCAAGUGGCCCCCGGAGCCUGGGCAGUGCGGCACGGGCGAGGUGUGGAAGGAGUGCGUGAGCGGUUCUUGCGCCGAGAAGUCUUGCAGGCGGCAUCAGGUGGGUCCCGGCUGCACGCUCGACUGCCGCUACGGCUGUUACUGCGCCGACGGCUUCUACAGGAACGCCGACGGCGCAUGCGUGACCAUCGACGAGUGCCCGCCCGGGGAACAGGACCAGUCGCAACCCCUGUUGCCGUUGUACACUGGGGCCCCGCGGCCUCGGCGGUGCAACGCGGGCGAAGUGUGGAAGGAGUGCGCGAGCAGUUCUUGCGCCGAGAAGUCUUGCACACGGCGUCAUGUGGGGCCCGGUUGCACGCUCGACUGCCGCUACGACUGCUUCUGCGACGAGGGCUUCUACAGGACCGCCGACGGCGCGUGCGUGACCGCUGAUCAGUGCCCGCCCGGAGAAAAGGACCAGUCACAAAACCUUCCCGGCUGGCCGUUCCAGAUCAAGCCCUGCGAAGAGGGCGAAGUGUGGAAGAGGUGCGUGAGCAGCUCCUGCGCCGAGGAAACCUGCGAGAGGCCGGUGCCGAGGGUGCAGUGCACCGCGGACUGUAGGCACGGCUGCUACUGCGGAGCGGGCUUCUACCGCAACAGCGAGGGGAGGUGCGUGCCGCUCUCGGAGUGUCCCCAGGCGCAGGUGGAAGAGGCCACUCAAGACAUCGACUGAGUUAAACAACGCAUGCGCAACACACGAAAAAAAAAAAUAAUGAAGAGUAGAAUAAAGAAGAUAUGAACUGGGAA